AGCACCCCUGUCUUUGCAGAUGUCCCAGCAUCCACAACAAGGGCAGGAGGUGGCUUGGAGUCCACAACUGAUGCCAUGUUCCUCCCCAGUGUCACCAUUCCAACAGCUGCAGGGACACAGGUGCUGACCACCACCCCUCUGCACCCCCGUAUCACUGCUCUGCCCCCAGCUUCAGGAGCAGAGGUGGAAGGUGUCACCCUGCCUGGGGACAGCCAAGGGGAUGGACAUGCCACCUCAUCAAUCCCCAGCCCUGGUGCCAGCAGGUUUCUCCCAACACCGUGGACCAAGGUUGUGAGUGGAACCGUGGGUGACACCCCAGGGUGGGCAGCUUUGGAGUCUGGAGAUGUGGGAGAUGCAGCAAAUGGUGUCUUCAACACGGCUAAUUCAUCACAACUGCCUCCAGAGAGUGUGACAGCAUUGGGAACAGCAGAAAAUCCAGAGCAGAGCUCCCUUCUCGCCGGCCAGGCAGGGCCGAGCCCUGCUAAUUUGCUAGAACCUGGUGAUGGGGACAAGCAGGGAGCCCCAGCAGUGUUGCCAUCCGGACCUGGCUCAGUCCUGGCAGACAGUGAGGCACCUGCAGCACCUGGGGUGAGAGGAGACACAGCCACUCUGCUGCCAGCCACCGAUGUGCAGAGUGAUGCGGAUGUCCCAGCCGCAGACACUGGCGUGCCCCUGCCCACAGGGGCUGUGGAUCUGGCCGAGAGCUCCCUGCAGCCAGCAACAUGGCUGAGCCCCAUCAGAGAAGAGCCAUCACUGCUUGGUGCUGAUCCACUGGCCCCUACAGGCACUUCUAGUGCACCCAGCACUGCUUUCCCACCCCCAGGGGUUGCAGCUGGGUCACUUCUGGAAACUGAUGACGGCACAGUGGUGAACCCUGACUACAGUGCUGAUCUAGGAGUAUCUUUAUCCCCAUCCCUAGAGGGGUCACAGCCAUGGGGGACAGCAACUGACAGACCCAGCAUCAGCUUGAGUUCAGCUUUGGGUGCCACCAACCCAUCAUCUUCUGCACCUGAUGGCGCAGCAUUGUCUGCUGCAGGGCAACAGGCACAGGCAGACACAGGAGCAGGGGACAUAACACAGGCAGAAGAUGCAGGAGAUGGCAGCCCCUAUGAGAACACCCAGAGUGACACGAGCCUUGCAGCCAGCAGCAUCCAGCAGGGCCCCACUGACACCACACCAGGAGCUGUGCUGCAUACCGAGCUGAGUCCUGUCCCAGCUCCUGGGGAAGGAGCCCUGGCACCAGCACUGUCCCCAUAUGGUCCUGCGGAUCUGAGCCAGGACCUCUCUGGAGCUGGAGGAUCAGGAGCCCUGCCCAUCGAGACCCUUGGUGCCCCUGGUGCUGCUCUCCCACCUCCAGCUGCUGUGCAUGGCGCUGUGUUUGGGCCUGAUGACGGAGCAGAGGCAGCAGUGAGCUCUGACUUUGGUGCUGCCCUGGGAGAACCAGCAUCCCCAUUCCUUGGGGCAUCACAGCCAUGGGACACAGCAGCUGGUGCUCCUGAAGACACAGCUCUCCCUGAGGCUGAGGGACCGGGCAGUGGAAUCAAUUCAGCAUUGAAUACCCCCAGCUCAGCAUCAUAUGAACCCGUGGGGCCACCAUCACCUGACACUGCAGAGCAGCCUGGCACAGAUCUGACAGUGCUGGGAGUGGAGGGACAGGCGCUGGGAGGAGUGAGCAGUGCAGCUGCAUUUGAGCCAUCCCUAAGCUCUUCUCCAGUAGCUGGACUUGAAACUGGAACAGGUCUGCUGCCUGGUGCUGGGUCCCCACCCAACUCUGCCUCUCAAAGUGAUGUUCUUGCAGUUCCCUCUAUUUCAGACAAUGAUGGAGCAGCUGCACCCAUCCCAGCAGCAGCUCCUGGCUCUGCCGUCCUAUCCCAGGGCUCUGCAUAUGGCCCAGAGCUCACUGUGGCACAAGGCAUCAACAGUGCAGGUGGUGUGGCACAGGCAGAAAUCCCAGAGAACCAAAGUCCCUACGCAGACACGAGCUCUGCAGCCAGCAGCAUCCAGCAGGGCCCCACUGACACCACACCAGGAGCUGUGCUGCAUACUGAACUAUCUCCUGCCCCAGCUCCUGAGGAAGGAGCCCUGGCAUCAGCACUGUCCCCAAAUAGUCCUGCAGCUCCCAGCUAUGACCUCUUUGGGGAUGGAGGAUCAGGACCCCUGCCCGUUGAGACCCUUGAUGCCCCUGAUGCUGCUCUUUCACCUCCAGCUGCUGUGGAUGGUGCUGUGUUUGAGGCCCCAGAAGCACCUGCGUCCCCAUCCCUUGGGGCUUCACAGCCGUGGGACACAGCAGUCAGUGCUCCUGAGGACACAGCUCUCCCUGGGGCCAAGGGACCGGGCAGUGGAUUUAGUUUGGUGCUGGAUGCCCCUAGCUCAGCAUCAUAUGGACCUGCAGGGCCACUAUCUCCUGGCAUUGGAGUGCAGCCUGGCACAGGUCUGACAGCACUGGGAGCAGAAGGGCAGACGCCGGGAGGAGUGAGCAGUGCCGCUGCAUUUGAGCCAUCCUUCAGCUCCUCUCCAGGCGCUGGGCUGAAGGCUGGGAUGGGCCUGCUGCCUGCUGCUCUGUCCCCAUUGGGUCCUGCUUCCCCCAGUGAUGUGCUCACAGCUCCCUCUGCUUCAGAUACAGCUGGUCCAGGUGUCUUGGGAGGAGCAGGUGGUGCUCCCAGUGCUCUGCAGCCCUCCCUGAUUGCUGCACCCGGGCUCCAUUCUGCUGCAGGAGGAGUGCGUGAUGGGGCUGAAGCUGUCUCUGCAGAUGGAGAAGCUUCAGGGCAGUCUCAGGACCAGACUGGGACAGGAACAGCUGUAGCCUCUGAUGGAAGGCCGGGAGCUAAACCGCUCUCUAUAUCUUCCUCCCCAUCUGCUGAUGGAUCUUCAUUACCUGAAGCAGCUGCCAGAGCAGAUACAGGAGCAGGCAUCCCCAGAGCUGGUGGAGCUGGCUCAAGCUCAGGCUUGGGUGCUGCUGCUCUCCAGAGCAACAAGGAAACACCUGUCUUUCCCCCCACCACUCAAAGCAGUGCCAAUGUUGGACCUCCUGUUGCCAAACUCAGCCAAGUCAAUGUGGUGGAGCUGGCUGGAAGCGAUUUGGGAGCCUCAGCCCAGGGGUCACCUUCUGCCAGUGGGGGAAAUGGGCUGAGAACUGUCGUCCAGAUCGCAUCAGGAGUGUUGUCCCCCUCCAUCCCCCACCUCCCCCCAGGAGACACAACCCCUGGUCCCAGUGGCUCCAGCUGCCUCCAGCCCAUUACUGGUGGCUGCGUCUGCCUCUGCCAGGGGGGUUGGGGACAGCUCAGUUCUCAAUGCGGGCCCUGCCUCUGCCUCCAGUACCCAGAGCGGGAGCAGCCCCCCAGCACUGCCAUGGUCCUCUGUGGACAAGGUGGCUUCUGGGAUGCUGGCUCCACUGGGAGAAGAGCUCCAACGUGCCCCUAAUGCUGUCCCAGCUCUGCCUUCUGCAUUCGAAAGAGAAAACAUAAAGGAGGAAGCAGCCACCAGUCCCCAGCUCUCCUCUCUGAUUUCAGCAAUCCCAGCGGUGCCCCUCUAUGGGUAUGGAGCAAGAGAGAAUGACCAUGAGUAUGUGCAAAGGAGAGUGGACUUCAAUUCCCCGCUUUUCAAGCCUGAGACUGGAUUCCCGUUUGGGAAAACCCUGCGUGAUUCUCUCUACUUCACAGACAACGGGCAGAUCAUCUUCCCAGCCUCCGACAGAAGCAUCCUCACGCUCCCCAACCCGCCUGCCCGCGGAUUCACCGGCCGCGAGGGUGUUCCCAUGAUCGCUGUGUUCUGGGACAAUGCUGACUUCUCCAGGGGCACUGGCACCACCUUCUACCAGGAGUUUCUCACCCUGAACUCAGAGAAGCCGCCAUUCAUCCGUGACGUGGAAGCGAAGGUCCGGCGCUAUCUGAGGUCCUCCUACUCUGCAGCUUGGACCCUGAAGAUCACCUGGGAGAAGGCACCUGCCUAUGGGGCACGUGGUGACAGCCGCAGGACAAACACAUACCAGGCUGCCCUCACCACUGAUGGCUUCAGGUCCUAUGUCCUUAUCCUGUACCAGGAUGGAGGAAUGCAGUGGGACUACACCCAGCUGCCGGCCACCAACGUGCUGAUCGGCUACACCAGUGGGGAUGGGUAUUACCACAAUGAUGACCUGACCCAAGGAUCUCCAGCUGCAAAAUAUCGCCCUGACCGCUACAGAGGCUACAAUACAGAUCUCCGUGGGCUGUGGCUGUACAAGCUGGAGAGCCGCGUGGGCAUCAACUACCGCCUGAAGUGCCUGGCGUGGACAGAGUGGCAGCAGGAGCCGCAGGCAUGGAACCAGGACCUGCCUGCCUGCCCCUGCUCCCUACAGCAAGGCCAGCAGGACCGGCGCUUCAGGAGUGGCCGCGGAGCUGAUUGCAUCCCUGCUCCAGGCUGGGGGUCUGCUCGUGUCUCCAUGCUGCACUCCGCUUCGCCCAACUCACACGGUGCUGGUGUCCGCUGCCUGUAUGAUGGCCGGGGGCAGCUGGUGGAGGGGCGGCAGGAGAGAUACUGGAGGGCAUCCCGACAGGCGUCCCCGUAUCGUGACCAGGAGCUGAAGCUGUAUGAUUGGUGCUGCAAUCAAGCAGGGAGUGCUCGCCUCUGUGCCCGCUACAACGAGAAGAGACCGCGGAUUGGAUGCGAUGGGUACCGGGCACACAGUGCAGAGGAUUUCUCAGAAGACAGCGACUCGGAGGAGCAGAGAGAUGAGGAGGAGGAGUAACUUGUGGGUCACAUACACACAACACUCCGGGCCGUGGAUGAUCCUUCAAACUCUUCACUCCCAUUUGUACCCUAUGUGUCCCCUGCAUGUCUCUGCUCCCUCAGUGAUGGAACAGACACUGUGGCACUGUCACCAUGUUCCUUGCCCCUGCUCUCCUGCCUGGGGACGGCACUACAGGGGAUUUUAGCCCCCAGCAUCUGGGCCUUUGCACCUUGCAUUGGUUCAACCCUGUGAUUGGAAAUAACGGGAGAAAAAUAAUAUUGUGUGUGUGAGAACCCUGAAUUCUGCAAAAGCACCAAAGUUCUUGUCAAUUGCAUUCCUUCAAUAAAGCAUCAGAGGGUCUGAGCAUCA